AUGGCGCAGCAUCACUGUCAAAUGUCACUCGAGGACUUCAUCAAUGUUUCCGGUCCUGAACCAUUAGCAGCGGUUCAACGCUCACGGAUGAAGGACAAUUUCUACAGCAUUGUCAACCAUUUCAGAGCAGCAGAAACAUCCGACAAUGUUCGAGGCUUCUGGCCUGCGCACUACUCAACCAUCCCCCAGCACAUCGCUCGAUAUUCCAAAGAGUUCAUGGAAGGCAUCAUGAAUUUCUUCCAACAUCAGAUCGGAUAUCAAUUCUUCGAGGUAUCUGCCUCAUCCGCGACCACCAUCGCUGUGUGA